CUCGACGACAGGGUUUCCAAAGGGUCGUGGGCAUCUAGCCCAAAGCCUGAGUCGGGGCCCUGAGAGGGGAGGAGACUGAAGGCUUGAAGCCCUUUCCUUGGCUCCGGAAAUCAGAGCCGACAGGGAUCUUCCCCUUUGGUAGAUGCUGGGAAAGUUCUAGUCUGAAAAGGCAGCUGUGACAUCAUGGAGCGAUAGGUGGGGCCUUCCCUUUGUCGGGAUCCAAUCAGACUAAGAGUUGGGAUUCUGGGCGGGGCCAAGGAAACUCCAGGGACUUUCUCUAGGCAAUCUGGGGCCUCACGUGGGUAGCCGGGAGGAGGAGGCUGUGGGCGUUCCUAAUAAGAGGCAAACCGUGACUGUGACCCCAAUCAAGAGCUUUCUCUACCACGCAACCAACUUUACCCUCACCCCCAACAAAAUUCUUAAUUUUAGUCGUGGGAAAAGAUUAGAGUUGGAAGGACGUGGCUUGGUCAUUCUCUCUAAAAGCUCUCAGAACGUGGGCUCUUCAGCGAACCCUAGUGUUCGAGGGUACAACAGUCAGGAGUCAAGGUCGGGGGUAGAGUGCUUUAAGACUCCUCGGUUCUCUAAUGAGAAGUGUGCGCCCUGCCAAUUGGGGUUCCGAUAGUCUCGGGGAAAGGCUUCUCUCCAUUUAGCGUUCACCUUCUCGGGUGGGGGUAAGAAGACCCUCCCCGGCGUUGGGCACGGACUGCGCACUCUGGUCGCAAUGGGGCCGCGGGGGCUUCCCCUCCUGGUGGCUACUCUGGCCGGCUGCCUAUUUCCUGCCAGGGGCUGUGUCAUUUGUGAUCCAAAGGUCAGGGAGGCGCUAAACUCCUUGGAAAUGGAUUACCUGCCUGGCCACCUGGAGGCCAACCAUCACAAAAAAGUGAUGGAAAAGAUAAAGCAGGCACUGGAAGAUUUCAAGGACCUGCCGAUUGACGAGGACUCCUAUAUGGGGGUUGUCGAUGAGGCCACACUGGAAAAGUCAUCCUGGAGUUUGCUGAAGGAUAUGAAACGCAUCACAGAUAGUGAUGCAAAAGGUGAGCUCUUCGUGAAGGAGAUGUUAUGGAUGUUGCACCUGGCAAAGAAUACCUUUGCCAGCUACGCUGCUCAGUUUCAAAAAGAGGCUUUUUGUCCCAACAAAUGUGGUUUGAUGUUGCAGCCUCUCAUCUGGUGCAGUACCUGCCAGAAGCAGGUUCACGCUUGUCGAAAGUCUAAGAAUUGCGGAGAGCGCGAAGUCAAGGUCCAUCAAAUGGAAGACAUGAUCCUGGACUGUGAGCUCAACUGGCAUAAAAUCUCUCAAGGCCUGACCGAUUACAGCUUUUACAGGGUUUGGAAGAACAAUUCUGAGACCUUGGUGUCCACGGGGAAGGAGCCCAUCCUGACCAAGACCAUGGUGCGUCCAAAGGAUGCAGGUACCUAUCGCUGCGAGCUGGGUUCCAUACAAUCCAGUCCAGCCACGAUCAUCUAUUUUCACGUCACAGUAUUGCCCAAAAGAAUCCAGGAGGAGAUACCGUCACCAAACACCGAAACUCAGGAUGAGACGGCCCUGGGAGAGGUGGCUUUGGAUCGCCCACACACAACCACAGACUUCGAGCCACAGACUCCGAAGCCGGAGCAACUGCUGAGAAGACGCCUGUUGGGGGUGCUGAUCUGGGGCUUAGUGGUGCUCACAGUCGGCGUUCUAACCGCGAUCCUUUUCUCUCGGUCUGGCAAAGUGGUCGAUUUCAUAAAGUCCCGGUUCAGCUCUGGCAGUCGAGCUGCUUAGGACUCGAGGGUUUCAAAGGAAAAGAUAAAAGAAUCCAGGAGAAAAAUAAAUAUUUAUCUGGUG